AUGUUGACCAAGAUCUUCUGCCUACUUCUCCUUAUUGCCUUGAGCACCUCUGUCAAUGGACAAAGAGGUGGGCGCCGUGGCCUCCAGAUGGAAGGUAAAGGAAUGGGCAAGGGCAUGUCUUCGUCGUCGAGCGGAAAGGGCAAAGGAGGAAAGGGCAAGGGCGGAACACCCAUGCCAUCGUCUACACCUUCUAUGAUGCCUUCAGCUUCGCCUUCUGUCUCAAAUGCCCCUACUGAUGCUCCCUCCAAGACCCCAACCAUGAUGCCCUCCGCGUCACCAUCCAAGACCCCAACCAUGACUCCCUCAGUGACUCCAUCCAUGAGUCCUAGCAUGUCCAAGAUGCCAUCCACUAUCCCCUCUGAAUCUCCAAGUUCGGCUCCUUCCACGGGCAAGGGCAAAGGAGGAAAAGGAUCCAGUGGAAAGGGAUCCAGCGGAAAAGGAUCCAGUGGAAAAGGCAUGAGAAGAUGGUAA